AUGGAGGUGUCGCUCAUGGACACGAUGCAGGCCUUCCUGGACCGGUCGACGUCGCUCGACCUCAUCCGGCGGGACCCGCUGCUCCUCGGGUUCCUCUACGACCAGCCCGAGGAGUGGGCCGCGCGGCGGGCCCAGGCGGAGCGCGACGGCGGCCUCGCGCCCGCCACCGUGCAGGUCGGCGCCUCCUGGCUCCAGGUCACGGAGGCGCUGGGCAUGGGCGCGGACGCGCACGCCGACGACGCGGACCGCGACGCGAAGCGGCGCGCCGAGGACCUGCAGGCCUGGGUCGUGAGCAUGGAGCGGCUCUUGACGUCCUGCGAGACGUCGACGUCCGCGGCCGCGGACGCCAAGGUCGCGCUCGCGCGGAGCGGCCGCGCGGCCGUCGACGUCGCCGAGGCGCUCUGCGAGGACCGGCCCCUGUCCGCGGCCCUAAAAGCCAAGCGCGAGGCGGCCGCGAAAAAGGCCGUGCCCCUGCGCGAGGGCGCCCACGCCUUCCUCCGCGUCUGCGCCGACGAGCGCGCGUGGCUCGCGACGGCGCAGGAGGCGCUCAACAUGCACGAGUGGUGCCGGCGCGAGUCCGCGACGGCGCGGCGCCACCUCCGCGAGCACGUCGCCUCGCGCGACGAGCGCGAGAUCCAGCUCCGGCGCGCCGCGAGCCGCGCGAGCGAGUCGAGCGACUACGGCGCGCAGCUCGCGUCCUGGGCCGAGCAGAGCCACGCGGACGCCAUGCUCUCGACGGACGCGGACGUCGCCGCCGCGACGUUGGCCGAGGACCGGCUGCGCGCGCGGCUCGUCGCCGCGGCGGCGCUCGUCCACGAGGAGCUGGCCAAGCUCCAGGCCUUUUGGAGCGCGCGGCUCUCGGAGGCGCUGCUGGCCUACGCGCGGUCCGAGACGUUCCAGCUCGACGGCUUCGGGUCCAUCUACGCGCGCGUCUCGCAGCGCCUCGAGGACGUCGCCGUCGCCGUCGCCGUGCCCGACGAGGCCGAGGGCGUCGUCGCCGUGCCCGAGGAAUCCGAAGGCGCCUUCGACAACGCCGGGUCGCCGGGGGGGAAGAACCCCUUCGACGACGACGCGGUCCCCGUCGCCGAGGCGCGCGCGGAGGCCGCCGUCGCCGAGGCGAAGGGCGACGAGCCGCCGCCCGUCGCCGCGCCCGCGGACCCCGUCGGCGAGACGGUCACAAGCGCCACGGUCACGAGCGCGUCGCCCAAGGUGCUGGCCGUCGAGGGCGGCACGGAAGUCUCCGUCGCGCUGGACCGGCGGCCCUACGUCGGCGAAGCUUCGGGCCACCUCCUGGUGCGGUCGUCGAUUCCGGGCGUCGACGCUCUGAACGUGACCGCGGAGCUGCCCUGCGUCGGCGCGUCGUGGCGCUGGGACGACGUCAAGGCCAACGCCGACGUCGUCCUCGACCUCGACUUCUCGGCGCUGUCCGCGGAGCCGAUCCACAACGACAUGAUCGUCACCCUGAGCUUCGGCGAGACCGUAAUUACGAAGCGCCGCCGCUUCCACCGCGUGCCCGUGCCCCCCACCGCCGGCGGCUACGUCCAAGUCGACCACGCGCGCGCGGGCCUGCUCGUCGACGGCGACCCGUGGAUCGGCCAGGGCUGGUACGUCGCGGCGACGAGCAACGUCUCCUGGAACGACUCGCUCGAGCGGCUCGCGGACGUCAUCGUCUACGAGAACGCGCCCAAGGGCAUCAACCAGGGCAUGCCCUACGGCCUCUCGGCCCACCCGCCGAAGGCCCAGCUCGCGUUCCUCGACGCCGUGCACCGCGUGGGCUUCAAGGUCAUCUACCCGAUCCUCAGCGGCAACGUGUCGAUCAACCACGGCGGGCCCUUCGACGAUUCGGACAAGCUCGAGGCGUUGCGGGCGAGCGUCGAAUUGGUGAGGGAGCAUCCGGCGUUGUUGGGGUACUACGUCUGCGACGACUGCUGCUCGAACAACCACGACGUCUCGCUCCAGGCCCAGGUCUACGCGGUAAUGAAGGACGUGGACCCCUACCACCCGACCAUCGGCGCUUCGGACUGCGGCAACACGUGGAUGUUCACGGACCAGGCGCCGAGCUGGCUCAAGUCGGAGCAGGACGACGGCGACCGCGUCCUGCCCGUGGCGACGCAGCCGGCCCUGCAGUUGUCCCUCGACGUCGUGAUGCAGGAGAACUAUGGGGGCACGCUCGCGGCGCACGCCGGCACGGGCGCCUGGGCCGGCGGCGUCGGGGGCGACGGAUGGUUCCGAAACGGCGCGGCCUUCGAGCCCGUCUACAACUGCCCGGGGGCCUUCGCGUGGAAGGGGACGCCCGACGCGCACCUGGCGUCCAUGUGGCUCGGCGUGAUCGACGCGGGCAUGUAUAGCGAUCUGAACUUCAUCUACACGGAGGCGGAGUACGACGGGCCGGUCUACCCCGGGGAAAGCACGGCCUCCGACGCCUGGCAGCUCGCGGAGCAGCAGGCCGUCUUCGCGGAGCACGUCGCCUAUCUGCGACCGGCGCUCGCGACGCCUUUCGGCACCGAGCACCCGGCCGUCCGCGCCUUCCCCGCGGAGAUCCGCGCGCGGGCCUGGGCCGUGCCCGAUCGCGGCGCCCUGAACUGCUCGACCAUCCUCGCGGUCGUCAACACGAACGAGACGCGCGCCCACGACGUGUCCCUCGACUUCGACGGCUGGGCCGGCGGCUCCGCGACGCGGCUCUACAACUCGCGCGCGUGCGCGCCGUCGUCGUCCGACGGCCACGCGGUCUCCCUCGGGGACACGCUCGCCCCGGGCGCCUGGCACCUCUACUGCCUCAAGGACGACGAGGCGUGCGCCUAG